CUCACCUCGCCAUGGCGGCGGCUAAGAAGCUUUUGGAGUUUCAUGCCAGCCGGCCCUGGGGCCCCGAGGAGGCGGCGGACGAUCCGGACGAGGACGAUGAGGAAGACGACGAGGAAGCCGAGGGUGGGUUCUCCCUGGAAGAAGUGCUACGGCUUGGAGGCACCAAGCAAGAUUACUUGAUGCUGGCUGCUUUGGAUGAGAAUGAGGAAUUGGUGGAUGGAGGCAAAAGGGGGGCAAUUGAUGAUCUUCAGCAAGGUGAACUAGAAACAUUCAUUCAGAAUCUCAGUUUGGCCAAGUAUGCAAAAACAUGCUUGGCUGAAGAUGAUGAUGAACCAGCUGAGAAAGAAAGGUCCGGCAAAAAAGAAGCAGGAGUUUCUCAAGUAGGUGAUAAAAAGGAAAAUGCCGUAGGACGUACACUCCAAAUGAAGAAGAAACCUGAACAGCUUCCCUCGGGGAUCACCAGCCCCAUGCCACCAGGAAAGAAAGAUAAGCAGCAGGACGUCUUUGAGUUUUUUGAGAGACAGACGUUGUUGCUCAAACCCGGAGGCAAGUGGUAUGACCUGGAGUGCAGCGGUGAAUAUUCGCUGGAACCCCAGCCUCGGGAUGCUGUGUCUAAGUACAAAACACUGGCUCAGAAGUUGUAUGAGCAUGAAAUCCACUUAUUCAAAACUAAGACAAAUAAUCAAAAGGGAGGCUCCUCUACAUGGAUGAAGGCAAUAGUGUCAUCGGGGACGCUCGGUGACAGGAUGGCUGCCAUGAUCCUUCUUAUUCAGGAUGACGCCGUUCACACGCUCCAGUUUGUGGAAACCCUCCUGAACCUUGUUAAAAAGAAGGGCAGCAAACAGCAUUGCCUCAUGGCUUUGGAUACUUUCAAGGAAUUACUCAUUACACAUCUUUUGCCAGACAGUCGAAAGCUACGGAUUUUCAGCCAGCAUCCUUUUGGCAAACUCGAAGAGUUGUCCAGUGGCAACAAGGACUCGAGGGAUAGACGGUUGAUACUGUGGUAUUUUGAGCACCAGCUGAAACACUUGGUGGCUGAAUUUGUGCACACCUUGGAGACGUUAAGCCACGAUUCACUGGUAGCCACGAAAACCCGGGCUCUCACAGUGGCUCAUGAGCUUCUGUGCAACAAACCAGAGGAAGAAAAGGCUCUUCUCGUGCAAGUGGUAAACAAGCUGGGAGACCCUCAGAACCGAAUAGCCACGAAAGCCUCCCAUCUGUUAGAGACACUGCUCUCCAAACACCCCAAUAUGAAAGGGGUUGUGUGUGGUGAAGUAGAAAGGCUACUCUUUCGUUCAAAUAUCAGCCCGAAAGCCCAAUAUUAUGCAAUUUGCUUUUUAAAUCAAAUGACCCUCUCCCAUGAUGAAAGUGGAUUGGCUAACAAGCUAAUUACGCUCUAUUUUUGUUUCUUUCGGACUUGUAUCAAGAAAAAGGAUAUUGAGUCCAAAAUGCUCAGUGCACUUUUAACAGGAGUGAAUAGGGCAUACCCUUACUCCCAGACUGGUGACGAGAAAGUACGGGAGCAGCUGGAUACACUGUUUAAAGUGCUGCAUCUAGUGAAUUUCAAUACCAGCGUGCAAGCUUUAAUGUUGCUGUUCCAAGUAAUGAAUUCUCAGCAGACGAUAUCGGACCGCUACUACGCAGCCUUAUACAGGAAGAUGUUGGAUCCAGGAUUGCUGUCAUGUUCCAAGCAAGCCAUGUUCCUUAACCUUGUCUACAAAUCUCUGAAAGCUGACGUUGUGUUGCGCCGGGUGAAGGCUUUCCUCAAGAGGCUACUUCAGGUCACUUGUGAACAGAUGCCGCCAUUCAUAUGUGGAGCUUUAUAUCUGGUUUCUGAGAUCCUUAAAGCAAAGCCAACUUUGAGAAGUCAACUCGAUGAUCAUCCGGAGUCUGAUGAGGAGGAAAAUUUUGUUGACAUCGGAGAUGACGACGAAGACACAGACAAAUCCGCUGAUGCAGACCGAGAAACAGACCCCGACAAACAAGUUGAGACACGGGAGCCUGUGUCUGGAAGUGACGUGGAAGCUGAACCACCAAAGCCAGCUUCCUGGGUACACUUUGAUAAUUUCAAAGGUGGUAAACAGUUAAAUACAUAUGAUCCAUUCAGUAGGAACCCUUUGUUCUGUGGAGCGGAACAUUCAAGUCUUUGGGAACUCAAAAAGUUGUCUGAGCAUUUCCAUCCCUCCGUGGCCCUUUUCGCCAAGACUAUCCUCCAGGGAAAUGAUAUUCAGUAUCCAGGAGACCCCCUGCAGGAUUUUACGCUGAUGAGAUUCUUGGACCGGUUUGUGUACCGAAACCCAAAGCCACAUAAAGGCAAAGAAAACACCGACAGUGUUGUCAUGCAGCCCAAAAGGAAGCAGUUUAUGAAGGAUAUUCGUAGUCUUGCCGUAAACAGUAAAGAAUUCCUUGCAAAAGAAGAAAGCCAAAUACCAGUGGAUGAAGUGUUUUUCUACAGGUAUUAUAAGAAAGUUGCUAGUAUUAAAGAAAAACAAAACCGACAUGCAGAUGAAGAAAGUAUAGAAGAUGUGGACGACGAUGAAUUUGAGGAAAUGAUUGACACGUUUGAAGAUGACAAUUGUUUCACCUCUGGAAAGGACGACCUUGACUUUGCUGGCUAUGUGAAAAAGAAAACAAAGGGAGUUAAAGAUAGCCCAGAAGAUGAAGAUUCAGAAGGUAGUGAUGAUGACUUUGAUAACCUGGAUGAUGAUGAGGUUUCUUUGGGAAGUAUGAAUGAAGAAUUUGCAGAAAUUGAUGGAGACGGAGGAACAUUCAUGGAUGUAUUAGACGACGACAACGAAGGCAUUCCAGAACUCGAGGAGGAGGAGCACUCCAAAGUCAACAGCAAGAGACACAAGAGGAAAGGUGUAAACGAUUUUGACUUUUCUGGGUCAUUUGAAGGACCAAGGCAAAAAAAGAAAAGAGGUUUUAAGGACUCUAGUCUAUUUGUAUCUGCUGAAGAGUUUGGACACCUAUUGGAUGAAAAUAUGGGAUCUAAGUUUGAUAGUAUUGGCAUGAAUGCCAUGGCUAACAGAGAUAAUGCAAGUUUCAAGCAGCUUAAAUGGGAGUCUGACCGUGAUGACUGGCUACACAACAGAGAUGUGAAAAGUAUCAUCAGAAAAAAGAAAAACUUCAAGAAGAGGCCAAGAACCACUCAGAAAACUAAAAAGCACAGAAAAUAGUGUUAAUAUAAAUUAAAAUUGUACUUACUGCUAACUUUUACUAUUUAGCCAUUUUUCUUGAUCUUGCUCUCUGAUUCCAUACAUUCCAGAUUGUUCAAUGGAUUUGUAAUAAACUAUAAAUAAAAACAGGUACCAUUUAUAAAGUAAAAAUACUGUUAAAAUUAAA